GCCAUUCUUAGUGCCCAUAGAUCCGUACAGACACAACAAGUCAUCUCAUUCUCAUACGGAAACCUUGAAACUAAUACGUGUAACUCGAAACUGUUCAGGGCAAGUCGUUAGGGGCCAAAGGACUCAUCUUCUCUGCCAGAUCUUCGAGAUGUCGAAGACAACGAAUCAGGGCCCUCACCGGUGGUUGACCUUGUGUCUCCCGCUGGCCGUUGCUGGAAUUUGCGCCUAUGUUUGGACUGGGCAGAAUGCAGGUAGUCAAUCCAUCAAGUCGAAGUACAGCCGAGCAGUUUCGGUCACAGUCAAUCAAGGCACCAUUCUUGGCAGACUUGUGACCGAUGGCACAUUUCCAGAGCCGCUAGAGGGCUUCAUGGGAAUCCCAUAUGCACUUCCUCCAGUUGGACAACUGCGAUUUAGGCAUGCUGUCCCAGUGCCGUCUGGGAAUGGAACACUCGAGGCAUUUGAGCUUGGCCCAAGAUGUCCAGGAAAGCAGCUUGUUCCCUUUACAGAUGACGAGUGGCUCGGCCCUGAUUGGGAAAGCGAAGACUGUUUGACGAUCAAUGUGUAUCGACCCAAGGGUCACACAGCCGCUGCCCAAAAGCUGCCCGUUGCUGUGAUGAUUCCCGGCGGAGCUUUCAACCGUGGUGCUGCACGGAUGCAUAAUACCCCGUCCAUGCUAGCAUGGUCUGAAGAACCCUGGAUUGGCGUGUCGAUGCAAUAUCGAAUCGGUGUUGCCGGUGGGAUGAACAGUGCACUGACGAUGAAAGAGGGCCUGCUGAACCUCGGACUCAAAGACAUGUAUGUGGCUUUGGAAUGGGUUCAAAAGAAUAUCGCGGCUUUUGGUGGCGAUUCUGAUGAUGUGACUAUCAUGGGGCUAUCUGCCGCAGCGCACGGAAUCGGACAUCUCAUCAUGGACAUCAACCAGAAGAAUACUCUCUUCCACAAGGCCAUCAUGGACUCUGGAGGUCACACUGCUCGAGUCGUGCACCCGCCAAUGUCUGAGCUGAAUGAAGCACAUUUCAAAGAGUUCCUUGAGCUCACAGGCUGCGGUAACAGGCCCGAGCAUGAGAUUCUGCCGUGUCUUCGGGCGCUGCCAUCUUCGACGAUCAUCGAUUCAGGUCAAAAGAUCUACGAGCAAUCUAACCCUUCUGUACGGUGGGCCUGGCAACCAGUCCUAGACGGAGAUAUCAUCUCGAGACGUCCCAUCGAUGCAUGGAAGUCAGGAAGAUGGAACAAAAUCCCCAUCUUCACAGGAUCUGCUCACAAUGAAGGAGCAAUGUACGUCCCUAAGACGGCAUCGACCUCCGAGGACUUCGAGCGCUUCUUCCGCACACUCUUGCCCCAACUUUCCGAGAAGAGUAUAGCAGAGUUGAAUAAGCUCUACUCAGACCCUUCCAAAAACGCGGACUCCGAGUACGUCGAGACUCGAACACUUGAUAUCGGACCGCAGUACAAGCGCUCUGAGGCUGCUUACGGUCACUAUGCAUACACAUGUCCCGUUCGUCAGACCGCAAUCUGGGGAAGCAAGUCGCCAAGUGACCCUCCCGUGUAUCUUUACCACUGGGCCCUGAACAAGACCGCCCUAUACGGUGCCAAUCACGGCGAUCAGAUGCGUUACCAGACUUACAAUGCCGAGGUCAGGUCGAUUUCACCGAAGCAGGAUGAGAUCGCCGGCUAUAUGCAUGCAUACGCUACAUCCUUCAUUGUUCAUGGCGACCCGAACAAGAUCAAGGGCAAGUUUCAGGGUCGCCCUGAGUGGCUCCCUUUUUCAGGCCGGAAAGGCAAGGAAAUGGGAAAGACAAUGAUUUUUGGCGAGGGCAACGACGAGCGUGCUGGCGGAUCUGGAUUGGGUACCUCAGCUGAAUUUUCGGGCUAUAAGUGGGCGGAGAAAGAGUGUAAUUUCUGGUGGAAGCAGACGGAUAACUUCGAAGACUGAUGACAGCUGGGGUCUCUCAAUCUUUAGUGUCAUACUCGAUAUGGGAUGCAAUUUUGAACGCUUAGCGU